GUGUGAUGGUAACCUCUUGAGGAACAGUCAGCUGCCACCCUCCCCCGGAAGGCUUUGAGAGAGUGUGGGCGGGCAGGCACGAUGUGGGGCAUAGGCGCGGUGUGGGUGGUGGCAUUGGCGGUGGUCAUUGGGUGGACGCCCAACGCCCACUCCCUAACUGGUCCCGAUGUUUGCAGCAAGCAGGAAACGUACACCAGUUUAGUCAACGUAUCUUAUACCAAAGCAUACCGGGUUCGAACGUAUACAUACUGCUUUAGCAUUCCGCCCAAAUGCUCCAAGUAUAAGAUUGCUUACAAGACUUCUUUCAAGACACAGAGUCAAAUGAAAACACGGACUGUAGAUGUAUGCUGCUCUGGUUACACUCGUCCGGCCGAAGACCGAUGCAUACCAAUAUGCUCUCAGGACUGCAUCCACGGUGUUUGUGUGAAGCCAGAUGAAUGUCGCUGCGAGGCUGGGUACUCUGGGCCUAGCUGUAAUAUAAGCACCGUGCUGGAGUUACGUAAUGACAACAGCUCAGUUCACAAUGCUCUGAUCCCGUGCUCUGGUCCACUAUGCUACGUUUCAUGCCCUGAGGGGAAAUGGGGAAUGGGCUGUGUCCACGACUGUCCCUGUUUACACGAAGGGAAAUGUGACCCCCUUUAUGGAAAUUGUUCGUGCCACGCUGGAUGGAUUGGUCCAUAUUGUGAAGAGAAGUGCCAAGAGGGGUAUUAUGGAGUGGACUGCAAGGACAGAUGUCGAUGUCAGAACAGCGGAACGUGUGACCAUGUGUCGGGGGCUUGCCGUUGUCCUCCCGGCUGGACUGGACCCCUUUGUGAAAAGUCUUGCCCUGAGGGAACCCAUGGUACUGCUUGUAGUAAUAAGUGCCAGUGUCAGAAUGGUGGGCACUGUGAUCCUGUCACUGGAAAAUGCCAGUGCCCCUCAGGCUGGACGGGAGAUGUUUGUGCAAACCCCUGCCCACAGUCUACAUGGGGUCACAAUUGUUCAGAGCUCUGCGAUUGUUACAAUUCUGCCACCUGUGACCACAUUACAGGCCGUUGCAAGUGUCCUUCAGGGUACAUUGGUAACAAGUGUCAAGAAGAAUGUCCGUUAGGUACGUACGGUGUAAACUGCACUGAAACUUGCAACUGCCGUAAUGGAGCCACAUGUUCACACAUCAGUGGCAGGUGCUUUUGCAAAGAGGGAUGGCUUGGAGCAGACUGUUCAAUGCCAGCCUGUCCACCAAAUCAGUUUGGUCCUGGCUGUUCUCAAAUAUGCUCUUGUGAAAAAGAUAACACUGAACGGUGUCACCCGUGGACGGGGGAGUGUGAAUGCAAGGCAGGUUGGGCUGGAGAAACCUGCACACGAGCUUGUCCGUUCUAUAAGUAUGGUGAAAAGUGUGCUCAAAGCUGUAAUUGUAAGAAUGGAGCCUUUUGUGAUCCCAUUGAUGGAAGCUGUAUCUGUGCACCAGGAUAUACCGGAAAGCAGUGUGAUAAACCGUGCCCAAAGAACAAGUAUGGCCAUGAUUGCAAGCUUGAUUGCCGUUGCAAGAAUUCUAUCGGCUGUUCACACGAGUCUGGAAAAUGCAUUUGUAAGCCAGGAUGGGAAGGUCAGCAGUGCCUACGUACUUGCCCCAUUGGCCGAUACGGGGGCAACUGCACUCAGGAUUGUGACUGUCAGAAUUAUGGAUCUUGUGAUCCAAUAUCGGGUAAAUGCACCUGUGGUCCAGGUCACGUGGGAGAGAAGUGCGAGAGAACGUGUGAUCAAGGCGUUCAUGGAACGGGAUGUAACAACUUCUGUGCCUGUGUGGGACCCAAUGUUGAAGGUUGUGAUCCAGUAUCAGGGAAGUGUAAUUGCAAACCAGGCUUUAGAGGUGUCAGUUGUGAAUCUAAAUGUCCCCGUGGAUUUUAUGGCGACUCUUGCAUGAAGAAAUGCGAUUGUAAAAAUGAAGGGUCUUGUCAACCCCGCACUGGCAAAUGUAUAUGUGAACGUGGAUGGCAUGGAGCAGAUUGCAAUACACCGUGUCAGGACGGUAAAUAUGGAGUUAAUUGUAACCAAGAGUGUCCACCUUGUGUACAUGGUAAUGGUACAUGUCACCCACAAUUGGGUUCUUGUAUCUGUUCUGCUGGAUGGCGAGGCGAGCGUUGUGACCGUACAUGUGAACCUGGUGUCUGGGGUUUCAACUGUGCCAAUGAAUGUAAAUGCAAAAAUGGGGCAGAGUGCCAUCCAGAGACAGGAGAGUGCUUGUGCUUGCCAGGUUGGAGAGGGGGAGACUGCUCUCAGCCUUGUCCGCCAGGGAACUUUGGUUACAACUGCCUCCAGACGUGUCACUGUCGUAACCAUGUUUCCUGCCGUGGAAAUGAUGGAUUUUGCGAAUGUCUUCCUGGAUGGAUGGGUCCUGGCUGUACACAAACAUGCCCUGAAGGAUAUUUUGGUCGUCAGUGCCUGAAUGUGUGUAACUGCAGUACAGAUAACUUUGUUUGUCAUCCAGUGGAAGGUUGCAAAUGUCGAUAUGGAUUUGAAGGGGACAUGUGCGACAUACCUAUAACAAGUCCGAUCAUUGAUAAGGAGCCGGUCAUUCCAGCAUCGAAUAAUUCAAACAAUGCUGGCCUUAUAGUUGGUGUUGUUUCCAUCAUUCUCAUCAUAAUUGUCAUUGCUGUCAUCAUAUAUUACAGACGAAGAUUGAAACGACUCAAGAGAGAGCUUGCUGUAGUUCAGUACACCGCAAACCCUUCUGCAACAGAGCGCCCCAAGAAUAUUGAAACCAAAGAGAACACUAAACUCCGGGCUACUAAUAGACUCUCUCAAAAGUCUGGCCAAACUCCCGUAACUCCUGUAGCCAAAAGAUGGAGUUCUGUGGCAGAUCAGCACCAUUUCGACAAUCCCGUUUAUGCUUAUCAGUCUGUGAGCAAGUCUCAGCCAAAUUUAUUGGAAAAUGGAAACUUGAAUAAUGGCGUUACAAUAAAAAAUAAUUUAUCCAUAAAAGAUGACAAAAAUCGAGAGUGGGAGAAAUUGGGUACUUUCACCUUUGAUGAUGAUGCUAGUAGUCUAGGUGCUGUUGGGGGACACUACGAUGUUCCAUCAACCCUACAGAGGCAAGCAGCUCGUGUCAAAGCCUUAGAGGCAGAUGCCACUAAUCCUAAUUUAAAUAUUUAUCAUUCUAUUGAGAGCCUUAAAGACAACAGGCUCGUAGAACAUGUUUACGACGAAAUAAAACAAAGACCGCCUCCUCCUAAAGACCCUGAGAGUGAAUAUGAUCAUCUAACAUAUUCACGUCCAGUUGGGGAGGUGAAGCCACAUUACUACACAAUGGCAUCACAGCUACGUCGAUCAGCUGACCAACUAAGUAAUGACCCUGCACCAAGCAAUGAGCCAUCAGCACAUGAAACCUAUAAGCAUCAACAGGGGCACUCGCCUGCUGCAUCAUCAAAUGAUUUAAAUAUAUCCAGGCUAGAUGGUCCUCACAAUGAUGAGUACAGUCGAUUAGCUUGCAACGGCAUUGACGGAGUGCCUAAAGUAUGUAACCUUCAACCCUCUGCUAGUGAUGAUGAGUAUGCAAGAGUCAAAGUCAAUAAUUUAGAUGUUUCUGUGGACUCUGGUAAACGUGGUGCUUAUGCGAAAUUUGAAGAUGAUUUCAAUGUCACGGGAACAUCAGUGCUUGAAGACUCGGAUGACAGUGUCAAUAGUGCUGUUGAAACAAAGGCUUUAUCCCCUGAUGAUAACUUGUAAAUCAGUCAGUGUAGGUUACAAUGGUGUGAAGAAAUUCCUCCACUUGAGUGCCUGGUCAGUGUUUUUUCCUGAACUCAUUGAAAAAUCAAAUGAAUGGUUAGAUAAACUCCUAUGAGAGACUAAGUGUGUUUUCAAAGAAGGUAUGCUAAAUUAAAAUGGGAAGGUAUUACAAAUGGAAAAUUUGCACACUUAAAAGUUUUCAGGUUUGAUGAGAGAGCAGUGCACCUUCAAAGACAAACGCUAAUCAUGUUAUACAUACUCUCUUGAUUAGCGAAGAAGUUGCUUGUAGUGAAUGUGGGCUUCUCCUAUUCAUCUGGUGAAUUUAAUUGUUAUCAUAUAACAAAUUACGGAAAAGACACACUUGUGCAGUUCCAUGUACAGAUUCGUAUAUUAUUUUUAGUGCACAAGUUUUGCAGUGAUAACUAUUAUUGAUAAAGUAGAGGUCCAUCCAUAAUUGGUUGUGUAGACAAUACUGGGGGAGGAUUUAUAAAUUUUAUGACAAGAAAAGAAUGCAUUUAUGGGCAUUGUCAACUUUUAAAAACUAAAAGUGUGUUAGUGAUGGCUAAUGUGUGACCGGGAGUUUUUAGUAGGAUGAAGGAUGUUAGUGGCGUCAUACAAAAUGGUGUUAUUUUUUUGGUAUGAAAGUGGAUUUCUUAAAAUAAAAUGUAAACAUCUGCAUUUCUCAUAUCAGAUAGACCUUGAUGUGGUGAACCUGGAUGACUGAUCUCUUGUGAACAAAAUUUCAAGUAGAUUUAGUUGAGAUUUUUUUUUAAUAACAAAUAUUUUCAUUCUUGAUACUUUGCAGAAAUUUUAGUGAAAAUUAGAAUGUCAUAAAUACAAAACUCACUAUCACCAUUGUGCCAAUUUUAUGUUUUAAUAUUGGUUGCUAAAUUUCUCAUCUGUGGACAUAAAUGAGCCAGUUUUAUUAGUCAUCUUCCUCCUUUCCUUUCUAAUGCCAUUAUUUUAUUCUCUUGGUAGCAUUUUUCAGUGGCUUUUCAAUUUUUUCUUUGUGUGGCAGAGAUACAUUACUAUUUUCAUUCUACUACAGGUUUUGGAAUGAUACAAUACUCUGCUUUUGUGUUCUGCUUCAUAUUAAUGACAUUUUUUAACCGUUUUAAAUUUUUUAUUCAUAAAGAUUUUUUAGCCAUUUUAUUUGUUGUUCAUAUUACAAAGUAAAUGAUUAUGUAUGUUAAUGAGUUUUAAGCUCAGCACAUUUGUUUUUAUACAGCCAAUUCACAGUCUGAUAUCUAUUAUAAGCUGAGGGUGCUACCCAAACUCAAUCAGAAUUUGUAAACUUUUUAAUUGCGUAAACUUACAUUGUCUGGGCAGUACUUUUCCCAAAUCCUUAUUACCAUAAAUUAGUUUUAUUUUCAUUGCAGGAAUAGACAGUCAUUGUACACAAGUUAAUGUGAUAACCCAUCCUGUAGAUAGCACAAAACAUUUAUUCCUUGUGUUGAGCAGCUUAUGCAGGAAUUUAACGACUUGAGUACUGAUUCUAAUUCUGUUCUUGAUUAUUUUAUCCUUUGAUUAUUCUGGACUGAAAUCUUGAGACCACUUUUUUUUUUUUAUUCCUUUUUAGACCCUACUGCUCUUUGUUCAGGAGAGGAGGAAGCCUUGUAACUUUCAUGUUAAUUUAAGGAGUUUUUAUUUGCCUGCAUUUAUAUAAUUAUUUUUUAAAUUUUAAGGUGAUUUGGAGAUUUAACUGAAUUUUUGUAGAUGUUGAUUUCAUAAAAAUUUUUAGGGUGCAAACUUAGUAUGUUACAGGUCAUGAUUUAAUUCAUAAAUGUGGAGUGAGUGUUAAGAAUUUGGAGUGAAGUAAAAGCAUGAUGGAGGUAAUUUCUGUUGAAGCUUAGUAUUUACAAAGGUAACAUUGUUUAUUAUAUACAGUAUUUCUUGAUAUUUAAAAAAAAUUGUUUUCACCAAUUUUCAGAUAUAUUGUGAAAUAAUGUAUCUGUGUUCACUGUGAAUCUUUUAUCUACUGUUUUAUUUCAUUUGUACAGAACUGUUAACCAUAACACUUGUAGCAUCAUGAGUGCUGAAAGUUAUAAAGAAAAGAAGGAUAAAUGUUCAAUCUACAUAAGCACUGGGUGGGUAGCACCACUAAGUGAAAAUGCUGAAGUGUGUGUGUGUGUGAUGAUCAGAUAUUUUGAGAACAUGAAAAAAAUAUGGAAGUGGUGCACUUAAUUAUGUAAAAAUUUCAGGUUUUCAGAAAUGCCAGCUUAAUAAGGUACUGAUAUCUGUUAAAUAAUUUGGAUUUUUCACUUGAAUAUUUAUGGAUUAUCGAGUUGUGUAGCAUUCUUGACUAACUUGUUCCCUUUUUAGUGAAACAUAUCCUAAAGAGUACAGUCUAUUAGAAAUAUGGUUAUUGUCAAGGGAAUCACAAUUCAAGCCUUAAUUGGCUAAUGUAAAAUAGUCACUCGAGGCUUUUGUAUUUUUGAGGACUUAAUCUUGCCAACAUCAUAAGACUUUCUUGAGUACCUUGAUAGCAACAAUUAUUAAUGGCAUAUUUACUGUCUUUUUACCAUUGAUGGAUACAGUGACUUACUCAUAAUAUAUGAUGAGGUUCAAGUACCAUUUCAUCAUCUUUGCUCAUUUCUUCAGUCACCUAUUUUGAAUGCUAGUUAUGUAUUCAACCGAGAACAUUUCCUCUGAAAUUAUAGGUCUUUAUGGAUACAUGCAAAAUUACUUGGAAGCUACAGUGCUCCAGUGUUUAUGUGCACAAAAUCGGGCGAGAAUCGAAGGUCAUCAUUAUUUUGUAUUCCCUUCAGUCUUCAGAUUUUCACCAGUUAAUAAUGCCUAGGAUAUUAUGUGUGGUCUUGAAUGUGUGACUUCCAUAUGUAACAGGUGUUUGUUAGACAUUUUUAUUUCUUCAAUACCAAGUGCCUACACAGAAUCGACAUAUACCGUACUGUUAGUGUGAACAGUUUUGUUUCAUAUGGCUUGUAGAUGUUGAGAUGAACCGCACAUGUUAAGGAGCAAGACCACCAGUGUAAGGUGUGUUGAGAAGGAAAUGGUCAGGAAUAUUUUUUUUCAUUUUUUUCAUUUUUGGGGGAUAAUAGUUUCAGCUCUUUUGACAUAACUUCUGGGUAAGGUAUGCUAGGAUUUUUUUUUUGGGGGGUGGGGUGGGCUUACUGAAAAAUUUAAAAUUAUUUUACAUACACUUGACACUUUCAGUGAAUGGUGGGCAAGACCAUAGGGUAAUGAGUAAUUGUUAGAACUGUAAAUUUAUCUUUAAUGAAAUUCCAUCUGAAUGAAAGUGAUAUUCAACUCAAGUUAAGCAUUCUUUUCAAAAUUCUGGUCACCUUUCCAAGCUAAAAUGUUAUACAACUUUCAGGCUUGAUGCAUACCCUUGUGUACUAUUUUGAUAAGAUAUUUUAAAGAAUUUCAAUACUCUGAAUUUAGGCUUUUGUUUUGUCAUGGAAGAAAUUUAAUAUGCAUGAAGUGUAUCUAAUUUUAAAAGUCCUUAUACCUUAGCUUUUAGCUUAUUCUGCUUCACUUCUACAAGUUUCUUUUACUAUUGUACAGUUGAAACGUUUGUAUUACUGUAUAGUUAUUAUAAGUAUUUUAUAAUCAAGCUUUGUAUUUUGUUCACAACCUUUUGUAUAUAUUUAUCAUAUCAUUUAGAGAUGACGUAUAAACUUCAUGCUUAGCUAUGAGUUUAGUCAUUGCUUAUAAAUUUUGUAGUAUAUUUUACAGCACGAAAUUUGAAUGAAUGAAAUAUGGUAUUCUAUAAGAAUUAUUGACUGAAGUUGUCAUAUAAUAAAAUGUUGGGGUCUUAUGAUAUGAGAGUAAUACCCUCCAAAAAUAUAAUUCAGAAUGUGAUGUAAAUCUUUUUUACAUUUUCCACUUGUUUCCAUAAUUCUAUUUCAAGGAAACUUUUUGAGGAUAGAUGGUAGUCAUGAAAAUUUAGGAUGGCUAGUCACAAGCCAAGUCAGGGUUGGGUGGAGUAACCCCUCCUCCCAGUGUUCCAUCACUUUAUACAUAGUCAUAGGCAGUUAAGAAUGGUCAUCCACAAGCUAUGUACAGGUUAUACUGUAUUGUCGAGGGAGUGAGUUGGCCCCCUCUUGAACUUGAAAGCAUUGCUGGGAUUUUUAUUAUGUACAGUAAGUUGAUGUAAGUUGACAAAGUUUCUUUAUAUCUUGACUAAAACAUGUUUAGUGUUUGGCCAUUCUUGAAUGUUUACUACUGCUCAGUUAUGAUUUGUAUGAAAAUGAUAAAUUACCAUAAAUAAAAUGGAAACUUAAUA